CCAGCGGAGCCGGGCUCCCGGCCGCCGGCGGGGGCGGGGCGGGGCCGGGUAGGGGGUGGUCUCGGCGCCCUGCGCGAGGUGCGAAUUUAGUAGCCGCCCACCCUCUUCUCGGUCCCCGCCCCCAGGGAAUUAUAAUUCUCUGGGAAAGUGUCUGGUUCUCGGAGAAUCCCUGGGGCGGGGUGCGGGGGCGCGCCCGGCGCAAAAUGGUUAAAACAAAGUCCAUGCGCGCCCCGGGGUCCCUCUUAUGGAAAGUCUACGUGCCGGUGGCUGGGCACCCCCUUUGCUGAUUUGAGGGUUAGUUAGCCGGAGGAAGUCUGCCUGUCGCAGGGGAGGGGAUGGGAUGAGGAAAGCCUCAGGCUGGUGCCGGCUCCCCCCCCGCAGGCCUCUUUGGGGGGCGCACCUCCAGACAGGGGGGCGCGGGGCCCUGGGCCGGGGCGUUCGCGGCGGGCGGCGGCCGGCGGCCGGAGCAGGCUCGGCCCGGCGGCUCACUCUUUCUGCCUCCUCCCCCCAGGAUUACCGAGAGGAUGGGAUGGAUCUAGGCAGUGACGCCGGCAGCAGCAGCAGCAGUAGCCGCGCCAGUUCGCAGUCCAACUCCACCAAAGUGACCCCUUGCUCCGAGUGCAAAUCCUCGUCGUCGCCGGGGGGCAGCCUGGACUUGGUGUCUGCCCUGGAGGACUAUGAGGCGCCCUUCCCGGUCUUCCAGAAGAAGGUGAUUGAUGAGUGGGCGCCGGAGGAGGACGGCGAGAAGGAAGAGGAGGAGGAGCGCAGCGGGCGAGGGUACCGGCAUGACCGCUGUCCUGCCCAGGAGCCGGGGGACGUGAGCGCCAGGACCCGCAGCGGCGGCGGCGGCAGGGGCGCCACCACCGCCAUGCCGCCCCCCGUGCCCAACGGCAACCUCCACCCGCACGACCCCCAGGACCUCAGGCACAAUGGCAACGUGGUGGUGGCCAGCCGGCCGAGCGGCUCCCGGGGCCCCCGCCGGGCGGUCCAGAAGCCUCAGCCGGCGGGGGGCCGGCGCGGUGGCCGGGGCCCGGCGGCCGGGGGCAUCUGUCUUCAGCCCACGGACAGCGGGACGUGCGUCCCGGAGGAGCCCCCGGUGCCCCCUAUGGACUGGGAGGCUCUGGAGAAGCAUCUGGCUGGGCUGCAGUUCCGGGAGCAGGAGGUGCGGAACCAGGGCCAGGCGAGGACCAACUCCACCUCGGCACAGAAAAAUGAAAGAGAAUCUAUCCGACAGAAGUUGGCACUUGGAAGCUUCUUUGAUGAUGGCCCGGGAAUUUAUACCAGCUGUAGCAAAAGUGGGAAGCCAAGCCUUUCCUCCCGGCCCACACAUAGCAGCUCAGAGGCACUCAAAAGAGAAAAAUUUGGGGGCUUCCCUGGUGGCGCAGUGGUUGAGAGUCCGCCUGCCGAAGCAGGGGAUGCGGGUUCGUGCCCUGGUCCGGGAAGAUCCCACAUGCCGCCGAGCAGCUGGGCCCGUGAGCCAUGGCCGCUGAGCCUGUGCAUCCAGAGCCUGCGCUCCGCAACGGGAGAGGCCACAACCGUGAGAGGCCCGCGUACCGCAAAAAAAAAAAAAAAAAAAAAAGAGAAAAAUUUGAAGUCAACUGAAUUUGUUCCACGAAAAAAUAUCUAGGUAUAUUUCCUGCCACUUUUUCUGUACAGAUAGCUCCACAUUUUUGUUCACAAACUUGGAAUCAUAGUAUACCUAUUGUUUUAGAGCUUGGUUUUUGUUUCUGUUUUUGACUUAACAAUACAUCAGGAAUAUUUGCCCAUAUUCAUAACUGUUCCAUUAUAUAUAUUUUUACUAGCUGCAUAAUGGCCUGUCAUACAUUUCACCAUAAUAUACUUUUUUUUGUAGUUCUAUCAAUCUUUUUUAAAAUUGGGAUAUAAGUUGUUUUACAAUGUUGUGUUAGUUUCUACUGUACAGCAAAGUGAAUCAGCUAUAAGUAUACAUAUAUCCCCUCUUUUUUGGAUUUCCUUCCCAUUUAGGUCACCACAGAGCACUAAGCAGAGUUCCCUGUGCUAUACAGCAGGUUCUUAUUAGUUAUCUAUUUUAUACAUAUCAGUGUAUAUUUGUCAAUCCAUAAUAUACUUAAUCUCUUACUGUUAGACAUUGAAGUUGUUUCCAAUUUUUUGUUUUGUUUUUGUUUUGCUUUUUUUUCAUCUUCUCUUUUAUUCUUCCGUUCAUGAAUUUAUUCUAGCCUUCUCAUAGUGCCCUGGCUUCUCACCACACUCUCCUAGAAUAAAAUGCCAGCUUUGUGACCUUGUAUAAUUUAACCUCUGAGCCUUAGUUUUCUCAUAUGCAAAAUGGAGAUCAUAAUACUUGUUUUAGGUGUAUCUGAGGAUUAGAGGUAAUAGAUAUGAAGUGCCUACAAUAUAGUAGAUGCUCAAAAGUGGUAAUUCUUUUUAUUUCAGAAAGUAGAUUGCUGAGAAAUCAUUUGGCUUUAAUUAAGAGAAAGUAGACCACAUCUGCCACCUAGGAGAGAUGGCUGUUUUAUUCCAUUAUUAUUGCGGUAUCAGAAGAGAACUCAUUCUGGUCUUCAAUUCGUGCAGAAAAUAUUUCUGGUGAAAAUGCAUUUGUUAACAUUAAGAUCCUAUAAUUCCAAAUUUAAUUACAUAUUAAUGGUCAUUAUUGAAGGAACUAGACACUGAUGUGGAAUUAGAAUCAGCAGCUGUCUGAGGAAUGCAAGUAUUUAUAGCUCCCUAGAGAAUCGGGUUAGGCUACAGGGGCUGCUGCUUCACCAGAGAAAAGCUGUUGAAUGCUAGUCCGCUUCUCUAAACGUUACUUAAGUAGUGAGAAGAUUCUGUGGCCAUGUGGAGUCGGAUGCCUACCAGCCCUCACACAAACACAUACAGAUGGAAGGUCCAGAACUAACGAGCCUUAGAAAAGGGAGCAGACAAAAAGUAUGUGCAGGAUUGGGAGAAGAAAACCCAGAGAGGGCCAUUCACACUCCAGCCGCCUUUGGAGCUACCUUCCGUGGCUUUCGCUGAGGAAGCCAAAAGCCUGAGUCCUGUAAGACGUGGGCUGAGGACAGGACAUGAAGAGACAUGGUGCCCCCCUUUCCCCCAGUCCUCUCUCUAGCACAGAGUUUGAAACUGCCCUUAACUGCUCUGGACACAUAAUGGCAGGAGAGCCGGCUUUCCAUCCCUCUUCUGCAUUUGCUUCCCCGAUCCCGCAGACCACUUUUCUACUGCAGUUAGUUCCCUGCUCAUUCACUCUUCUUGGUUAACACCUUACUUACUAAUUAAUGUCCAGGUAAGUGGAAGUGUUUCUUUUCUCAUCUAUAAGAUAGGGAGUAUCCAGUAAGUAUUUUUUUGAGUUCUCUUCCAAUGCUCUAUAUAGUCCACAUUUCUAUUUGUAUAUUGUGAUUUCAUGAUCCAAGCAUUUGGUACCUGUUAGAAGACCUGAUUUCUGUCCCUGGAUCAACUACUACUAUGCAUCCACUUAAUAUAGGGGUCGUGAACUGUAACAUGCCUGCAGGGGCCAGCAAGAAACAUAAAGGAAUGAAGUAGCCCAGAUAAAAGGCAAUAGGUGGGACUGUGGUGAACUAGAAAGUGUGUGCCCUGGCCAAAGGGGAGGCAUCAGCUCAGCACUGGCCAGUCGGUGCCGUGGGGUUUGCAGAGAUGUUAUUGCCUGAUCAUCAAAUGAACAAACAAAUGAACAGUUAAACAUCCCCUUUCUUUCUAAUAUAGUUGUAAAAAUCAUUUAUAGUACUUCUGUGUGUAUGAUCAUAUAUGUUAUUAGACCAGCAGUGUUUGCACCUGUUAUGGGAAUAUCACUCUUUUUUAAAAAAGUCAGCUCAGCCAUAAAAAGGAAUGAAAUUUUGCUAUUUGCAGCAACAUGGAUGGACUUGGAGGGCAUUAUGCUACGUGAAAUAAGUCAGACAGAGAGAGACAAAUACUGUAUGAUAUCACUUAUACGUGGAAUCUUAAAAAAUACAGCAAACUAGUGAAUAUAACAAAAAAGAAGCAGACUCACAGUUAUAGAGAACAAACUAGUGGUUACCACCUUUGGCACCUAGGAGAGAUGGCUGUGGGGAAACGAAAGCAGGAGGAGCAACAUAGGGGUAGUGGAGUAAGAGGUACAACCUAUUAGGUAUAAAAUAAGCUACAAGGAUGUAUUGUACAACACAGGGAAUAUAGCCAAUAUUUUAUAAUAACUAUAAAUGGAGUAUAACCGUUAAAAAUUUAGAAUUACUGUAUGGUACACCUGUAACUUAUACAACAUUGUACAGCAACUAUACUUCAAUUUUAAAAUUUUUAAAAUUUUUAGAAAGUCAAAUUAUCAUCCCAUGCAUUGCACACUCUUUAGCAAAAGAAAGUUAACACAAUCCCACUAAAGUAAAAUAAGAAAUAGCAAUAUAUUUUCACAAUAACAAAUAUUGGGAAGUAGAAACUUUGCCUUUCCUUUUUUUUUUUCAAUAGUAAUUCUGUAACUUUCAUGGUAAAUGUCAAUACAAAACAGUCAGUAGGGAAAAGAAGAGUAAGGAGCAAGGUUUGGGAAAUGGGAAAGGUAUUUCACAAUUUAUUAAGGAAUAGCAGCACCUCAUUUUAACCCACCUCAGCACAUUCUAUAGAGACACCAUCACACAUGCAGUACAUCUAGAACUUACCCAAACCUCAAUUGUUCCCACAUUCUUUCUUCACGACAAAUCCUUAGAAAAAUGAAAUGUGUUUACGGCUACCCUUGGUCAAUUACAAUCCACAUUUUAUAUUCCGUCCCCUUUGAAAUUCUCUUGAAACAGGAAAAGAUAGCGGGUGAUAAUAUUCAUUAUGUAGAAAGCCUUUGAAUAAUGCAUCAGAGAUCCAUUAAAAUAAAUAGAAAUAAUAUAUUUUAACAGCCCAGCCACAAACUAGUCGGGAAUACUGAGUAAUGAACGGCAUGGCAGGGCCAGAGGCUCUCACAGCCACACUGCUUUUGGACAGAAGAUGAGCAAUGCAUGUUUGAAAGCCAUAGGCAUUUCAAAGUUUCCUCUCACUCUGUUUCUUAAGAAAACCGUACAAUUGCCUUGAAUUUAUAAGCAACUACA